UUUCUGGCCAGCAAAAUCCAAUCGAACGAACAUUUUCUGCUGAGAUAUGCAAAGAAAACUGAAUUAAACAUUGAAGCUAUCUUUUAUUUGACACACAAAACGUCGAAAAAAAUCGAACCAAAAUGGCCGAUAGUUUAACUUUCAUAAACUCAUUGAGAGAAAAGUCGAAAGAGUUAGAACUGGAAUGGAACACAUUUUCGCGCCAGAUUUUCCACUUUCUGAAGAGUCUGCAACUUCAACAACACUACAUGGGUGGAUCACCUACAUACUUCAAAUGUGUGGAUGAUGUAGCAAGAUUCCAAGACUCAUAUCUGACAGACGGAUCUUCAGAAAGAGUUCUGGUGCAGCAGUGGCUUCACCUUUAUUCCCGAAUUGCUACAUGUGCGCAUGAAUUGUUGGAUGGUCUCACAGCCCAUGAAAAGAAGGAACUCCAGGACAAGUUCGUGUCACUGUCCCGAAUGACAUCACCGUAUGACUCUGUUGUGGAGUUGUCGCGACUCAAUCAUCUGCACCUAACUGAGCAAGAACAGAGGAGUAUGGGAGGCAUUGUCAAUUUGCUGCCUGAACUACUAAAAACAAUAAAGGACAUUCUAUUUGAGCUUCAGUUCGUUCGAAGUGCCCAGCUUAGUGUUCACCUGAGCCAAUCGCAACAGUCGAAGCUAAUAGUGGAUCAAGUCCUUCAUCCAGCGAGCCCUCCGGAGGGAUUAUGGUCACCUCAAUUGCAGAACACAAACACAGCAUCAUUCAACAGUGUGGCAGAGGCCGAGUUUGCAGAUCGCACUGAUUUCUAUCACAAGAACCAGUCUCAUCACAGAGGACUUCCAUUUGAUCAAUGGAAAUUACAUUAUUUGAAAAUUUAAAGGUAUCACAUACUCAGUUUAAAAACAUCGA